AUGGGUGACUUUAAUUCAAUGCUUUUUCCUCAUGAUGGGUUGGGGGGUUCCUCCAGGAGGAAUUCUGACAUGGAGGAGUUUCAUCUCUGUCUGGAGGAUGCUGAAUUAUUUGAUAUUUCGUAUCAAGGGUGUCAAUUUACUUGGAUCCAGAAACCUUCGGGGGGAGAGGGUGUUAUGCGAAAACUUGAUCGUAUUUUGGGCAAUUCGGUUUUUAUCUCUAGAUUUGGGGAUGCUUCGGCUUUCUUUGAACCUAGGGGGAUUUCUGACCAUUCUCCGGGUAUUCUUUCUUUUCAAGUUGGAAGACGUCUUCGACAGCGUGGCUUUAAGUUUGACAAUUUUGUGACUUCUCAUAAGGACUUCCUUGCUUCGGUGGAGGAGGUGUGGACGAAACCUCAGAGUGGAUCUUACAUGAAGAGGGUUCUUCGGAAAUUGAAAGAUCUAAAGGUGGUUUGUCGGCGUCUCCGAAAUUCGUAUGGCUGUUUGGAUAAAAGGGUUGUUCAGCUAAAGACGGAACUCGAUGUCGCACAAUUGGCUUGUGAUCUUGACCCGUUUAAUGAUUUGCUAAAGGAGGACAUCGCUCACCUCUUGUUAGCUUAUCAAGAAGCUAGGAAUAAUCAGGUGGAAAUGGCUCGACAAAAAGCGAAGAUAUCUUGGCUAAAUGAAGGGAAUGGUAAUUCUAAAUUCUUCUUUCAUGCUAUGAAAGAAAAGCGUAAUCGGAACCAUAUUGCUACGAUCAGGGAUUUGGCUGGCACAGUUUAUGAUCAUCAGGAGGUCCCUACUGCUUCUUGUGUUACUGAGUAUCGGCCAAUUGCUUGUUGCAAUGUGUUGUUGAAGUGUAUUAGUAAGAUUAUUGCUGAUCGGAUGAAAGGAUCGCUGGAUGUUCUUGUUAGCAAGGCUCAAUCUGCGUUCAUUCCUGGGCGCCAAAUYACUGAUAAUAUCUUAAUGGCGUAUGAACUGGUUGCUGGGUAUCAGCGAUCGGAAGGAGAACCCAAAUGUGCGUUUAAGAUUGAUAUUCGAAAGGCUUAUGACACAGUUGAUUGGCAGUUUCUUUUAGACAUGCUGAAAGGAAUGGGUUUUCAUCCAGUCAUGAUAAACUGGAUAAAGACUCUGAUCACGUCUCCCUCUUAUUCUAUUUGUGUUAAUGGUCAGCCGGAGGGUUUUUUUCAUGGUAAACGGGGCCUUCGCCAAGGCGAUCCUCUCUCCCCUUAUCUGUUCACUGUUGUUAUGGAGGGUCUCUCGAUGCUUCUUUCGAAGUGUAUAGAGGAAGAGGCUAACUUUUCGUAUCAUCAAGGUUGUGCAGAUAUUAAAUUGACUCAUUUAUGCUUUGCUGAUGACUUGUUUAUCUUCUCCAAGGGGGACAUUAUUUCAGUGGAGGUUAUUAAACGUGGCUUACUAUUGUUUGAAGAACGAUCGGGCUUAUCGCCAAGUCUGGAGAAGAGUGAGGUGUUUUUCGGGAAUGUAUCAAUGGAGGAUCAAAGCCGUAUUCGUGAAAGUUUAUCUUUUUGGCCAGGGGUUUUCCCUAUUCGUUACUUAGGCGUUCCUCUUUCUCCGGUUCGUCUGAAGGUACGUGAUUUUAAUCCCCUUGUGUUAAAGCUUAAAUCUCGUCUGUUAAAUUGGAAGAACAAAUUCCUCUCUUAUGGAUGGCGUCGUCAACUAAUUCUCUCAGUUCUUCACUCAAUGCAAACAUUUUGGAUGUCGGUAUUCCUUGUACCGGCAGCCAUGAUCCAUGAAAUUGAGAAGCUUUUUUGUAAUUUUUUAUGGAAUAAAGCAGAGGGUCAGAUGGGUAAAUGUCGAGUUGCUUGGGAUUCUAUUUGCUUGCCUAUUGAAAGUGGGGGUCCUGGUUUGAAAAGACUUGCGACUUGGAAUAGGUGUCUUCUUUUCAAACAUAUAUGGGAUAUUUUAAAGGGAAGAAAUACGAUGUGGGUCUCUUGGAUUCACUCUUACUGUGUUCGGGGCCGUAACUUUUGGGUUAUCAAGAAGAGGAAUGAGUGGUCAUGGAUUCUCCGGAGUCUUUUAGACUUAAGACCUCAUUGCCRAAGAUUCUUUAUCUACAAUGUGGGUAAUGDCUUAUCUAYGCAUGCUUGGGAAGAUACAUGGAGCGAGUCGGGCCCUCUUAUUCAUUCCUUGUCUUAUAGAUUCAUUAAUGGGCAGGGUUUUCACAAUAAUUCCACGGUAUCUGAUGUAAUGCACAUGUUUGGUUCUAAUUGGCCGGAGGAUUGGAUUCAACAUUAUCCUCAGCUGCAAAAUGUUCUUAUUCCGUCUCCCAGUCAAGUGGAGGAUAAAGUCAGAUGGCUUGGCUUGAUAAUAAAUGUGCUCGGGGUGAUUUUGAGGUAA